GGCUGCUCCAGCUUCUCCGGAUCUCAGCAAACCCCGGGGGGCAGCCUCCGUGGCCAGGUUCUCAGCGCCGAGAAACCAUCAAAGUGAGAAAUGUUUUAGGAGCCCAAGCAGAGCGGUUCCAAGUUCUGCCGUAAUCAGUCAUGCAUCACAGUUCACUCUGCUCUGCGGGCCUCAACUUCCUCAUCCGUAAAAAGUUUGCGGGAUCUUAGUUCCCCAACCAGGGAUCGAACCCAGGCCCUCAUCAGUGAAAGAACAGAGUGCUAACCACUGGACCACCAGGACCUCAGAGGAGCAUGAAUGAACUCCUUUAUAUCUUACACUACCAGGAAAAGACAGACCUGAGGUGGUGCCUUGAUAUAAGUACAGUCCUCCAGGCUGCAGUAAGAUGGGACAGCAUUACAUUGUCAUAACGAGGGAUGAGCUUAAACUUUGAAAAGAGACCAGAUGAAGAAGCUGUGGUGGAUCAGGGUGGGACCAGUACAAUUCUCAACAUCCACUAUGAGAAAGAAGAGUUGGAAGAUCUAUACCCAGGAGUGGAAUUGCUGGGUCAUAUCAUAUGGUCAUAGGACUCUGUACGUGGGGGUCCGGAUGCCGCUGGGCCGGCAGAGCCAUCGGCACCACCGAACCCAUGGCCAGAAGCAUCGGAGACGAGGGCGGGGCAAGGGAGCCAGCCAGGGGGAGGAAGGCCCCGAGGCCCUGGCCCAUGACACGCCAUCUCAGCGUGUUCAGUUCAUUCUUGGCACUGAGGAGGACGAAGAGCAUGUGCCUCACGAGCUGUUCACAGAACUGGAUGAGAUCUGCCUGAAAGAGGGAGAAGAUGCCGAGUGGAAGGAGACAGCCAGGUGGUUGAAGUUUGAAGAAGAUGUUGAGGAUGGGGGAGAGCGCUGGAGCAAGCCUUACGUCGCAACCCUUUCACUGCACAGUCUCUUUGAGCUAAGGAGCUGCCUUAUUAACGGAACGGUCCUUCUCGAUAUGCAUGCAAACAGCAUAGAAGAAAUCUCAGACCUGAUCCUGGGCCAGCAGGAACUGUUCAGUGACCUGAAUGACAGCAUGAGGGUUAAAGUACGGGAAGCCCUUCUCAAAAAGCAUCAUCAUCAGAAUGAAAAGAAGAGAAAUAACCUCAUCCCCAUUGUUCGCUCCUUUGCUGAGGUUGGCAAGAAACAGUCUGAUCCACAUUCAAUGGAUAAACAUGGUCAGACUGUGUCUCCUCAGUCCGUUCCAACUACAAGUCUUGAAGUAAAAAAUGGAAUGAAUUGUGAACACAGUCCCGUGGACUUAAGCAAGGUCGACCUUCAUUUCAUGAAGAAAAUUCCCACUGGGGCAGAGGCCUCGAAUGUCCUGGUUGGAGAGGUGGACUCUCUGGGCCGCCCCGUUGUCGCCUUUGUGAGGCUGUCUCCGGCAGUCCUUCUCUCGGGCCUGACAGAAGUGCCCAUCCCAACAAGAUUUUUGUUUAUCCUACUGGGUCCAGUAGGGAAAGGUCAGCAGUACCAUGAGAUUGGCAGAUCCAUGGCCACCAUCAUGACAGAUGAGAUUUUUCAUGACGUGGCAUAUAAGGCGAAAGAGCGGGACGAUCUCCUGGCGGGGAUUGACGAGUUCCUAGACCAGGUGACGGUGCUGCCUCCAGGGGAGUGGGACCCCUCCAUUAGAAUUGAGCCGCCCAAAAACGUCCCUUCCCAGGAGAAAAGGAAAAUGCCUGGAGUUCCAAAUGGAAAUGUUUGCCACAUAGAACCGGAACCACAUGGGGGCCACAGCGGGCCAGAACUUCAACGCACUGGGCGGCUGUUUGGGGGCUUGGUGCUGGACAUCAAGCGGAAGGCCCCCUGGUACUGGAGCGACUACCGGGAUGCACUCAGCUUACAGUGUUUGGCCUCCUUUCUGUUCCUGUACUGUGCCUGCAUGUCACCUGUCAUCACCUUUGGGGGAUUGCUCGGAGAAGCCACUGAGGGGCGCAUAAGUGCAAUUGAAUCCUUGUUUGGAGCCUCCAUGACUGGGAUUGCCUAUUCCUUGUUUGCCGGACAGGCUCUCACCAUCCUUGGAAGUACUGGGCCAGUGCUUGUGUUUGAAAAGAUUUUGUUCAAAUUCUGCAAAGACUAUGCUCUUUCAUACCUCUCCCUGCGAGCUUGUAUCGGACUGUGGACCGCCUUCCUGUGUAUUGUCCUUGUGGCAACUGACGCCAGUUCCCUUGUCUGCUACAUUACCCGCUUCACUGAAGAAGCGUUUGCCUCCCUGAUUUGCAUUAUUUUCAUCUAUGAAGCAAUAGAAAAGCUGAUUCACCUGGCAGAGACCUACCCCAUCCACAUGCACAGUCAGCUGGACCACCUUAGCCUGUAUUACUGCAGGUGUACUCUCCCAGAGAACCCAAACAAUCACACCUUACAGUACUGGAAGGACCACAACAUCGUGACAACAGAAGUCCACUGGGCCAACCUGACUGUUAGUGAGUGCCAGGAGAUGCAUGGAGAGUUCACGGGCUCUGUGUGUGGCCACCAUGGACCCUAUACUCCCGAUGUGCUCUUUUGGUCCUGCAUUCUAUUCUUCACCACCUUCAUCCUCUCCAGCACCUUGAAGACAUUUAAGACAAGCCGCUAUUUCCCAACCAGAGUCCGCUCCACGGUGAGUGACUUUGCUGUUUUCCUCACUAUCUUCACAAUGGUGAUUGUUGAUUUUUUGAUUGGAAUCCCAUCACCAAAGCUUCAAGUUCCCAGUGUCUUCAAGCCAACACGGGAUGAUCGAGGGUGGAUUAUUAGUCCCAUUGGCCCCAAUCCCUGGUGGACUGUGAUAGCUGCAAUUAUCCCAGCUCUUCUCUGCACUAUUUUGAUAUUCAUGGACCAGCAGAUCACAGCUGUCAUCAUUAACAGGAAGGAACACAAGCUCAAGAAAGGAUGUGGCUACCACCUGGACCUGCUGAUGGUGGCCGUCAUGCUGGGUGUCUGCUCCGUCAUGGGCCUGCCCUGGUUUGUGGCUGCAACUGUCCUGUCCAUCACACAUGUGAACAGCCUUAAACUGGAAUCUGAGUGCUCUGCCCCUGGAGAACAGCCCAAAUUCUUGGGUAUCCGAGAACAGAGAGUAACAGGCCUUAUGAUCUUUGUGCUGAUGGGCUGCUCAGUCUUCAUGACAGCUAUAUUAAAGUUUAUCCCGAUGCCGGUACUCUAUGGAGUUUUCCUCUACAUGGGAGUGUCUUCACUACAGGGAAUUCAGUUCUUUGAUCGCCUGAAGCUCUUUGGGAUGCCUGCAAAGCACCAGCCAGACUUCAUCUACCUUCGGCACGUGCCGCUGCGCAAAGUGCACCUCUUCACCCUCAUCCAGCUGACCUGCCUCAUCCUGCUUUGGGUCAUCAAGGCAUCUCCAGCUGCCAUUGUCUUUCCAAUGAUGGUUUUGGCCCUGGUCUUUGUCAGGAAAGUCAUGGAUCUCUGUUUCUCUAAGCGGGAGCUGAGCUGGUUAGAUGAUCUCAUGCCGGAAAGCAAAAAGAAGAAGUUGGAUGAUGCCAAAAAGAAGGCCAAGGAGGAAGAGGAGGCUGAGAAAAUGUUAGAAAUGGGGGGAGACAAGUUCCCCUUAGAGAGCAGGAAGUUACUAAGUAGUCCUGGAAAGAACAACAGUUUCAGAUGUGACCCCUCUGAGAUUAAUAUAUCUGAUGAAAUGCCUAAAACCACAGUCUGGAAAGCUCUCAGUAUGAACUCUGGAAACACAAAGGAAAAGAGUCUCUUCAACUAAAAGUCUUUGCUGGGAUGGAGGAUGUGGGCCGUGAGGUGCCACAGGGACGUUCUGGUUACAGAGAAGAUGACGAGUGUCUCAGAGAAGAAGCGAGCCCAAGUCUGGCCCUGUCCUUGGUCCUGUCGAAGCCACGCGAGCAUUCAGUUAUUGGUGGUGUGCGUCGGAGGGCACCGCCUGGUAUGAGUGUGGAAGCAGAAGACCACCUCCCGUUGGUACUUCUCCUCUUCCUUCUCUUUCUCUUCAGAACUGCCACCGCCGAAGACCCAGCUUCCCAUUUGCCAGACAUUUCCUCCGAAACCCUCUGCUGGCCUGCUGAGCCGUACGGAUCCAUUCUGCCACUGAGGACUUCCUCGGUGAGGUCCCUCUUGCUCAAGGACAGGGUGAGGAAGUAGGAGGAGAGCAGAGAGGAAAAGGAAGCCCCUCCAGUCCCAUAGUGGCCGCAGGCUCCUGGGCAGCCCCGGGCCUUGGUCUGGCUGCCUGCUCUGGGGGAUGCUGGCGAGACCCAGAGGCCACCAGGAGGGUCUGCUCGUAGGAGGGUCAGCGCCCUGGGCCUUGGCAGUGCUCACCACCACAGCCAGAAGAUGCCUCUGGCCUGGUGCGUCUUCAUCGCUCCCUAGCAGCAGCCUGCAUAACUCAGCAAGAACCUUGGAUGAUGAAAGGGCCAAGGGGGACAUUGAAGUUGCUUAGCUCAGACAGGGAAAGGCCUGGGGGAAAAUCAGUGAUGGUGAGUGAGGAUGAACAGCUUCUCCUAACUCCACUGAUAGGGUAAGAGAACAAGCUUCAGUGGCUACAGAAGGAAUUAGUUUAGACACCAGGAAGGACUUCCUAGCCUGAAGAUUUGUCAUAGUGUCUGCUUUCUAGAUAUCUGGGAAAGGUUUGACUGUAGUCGUUUGUGAGUAGAAAAGGAGAUAAGGUGUUCUUAAUUGGCCAUGUUGUGGAAACGUCCAUGUCCUGCUGCUGUCUCUUGAGGACACACUCUGAUUCCAUUCCUGGAGAGAUCCAAGUGCUUACGUAAUGUCUCCUUAGCUGCCUUAGUAGCAAACCAUCACCAACUCAAUGGACCAGACCACCUUCAUCAUCCUGGAUUUUUUUGUUGACAGAUGUUCUGACUUUCAGAUGUAAAAAGCCACAUUGGGAAAUGAACUGUAAGUGGUGAAAUUAAUUUUGUUAUUUAGUUUAAAACUAUAUUUAUA